GGAGCCCUGGCCAGCGCGCAGCCUUCCCGGCGCCGGCAAGCUGGGUCUUGGGAAUUCUGGUUUGCUUCGGCUCACUCAAUUUUACAAACCACUGGAUCUUACAUGCCUCUGUACCCCCCACUUCCACUCCAUGUCCCCAUGCUCCUGUGCCAGCAACAGGACAUGUUCCCUGGAUGUCUGCUGAGUUACUAAGGUACCUCUGCAUGUCAGUUGACAGACCUUGGUAGGACCCCAAGGCUCCUGGAGACACCCAUCUCUCCUCAUUUUUUGUGUACGUGUCCUCACCGAACAUUCAAAACUGUUUCUCCAAAGGGUUUUGCAAAAACUCAGACUGUUUUCCAAAGCAGAAGCACUGGAGUCCACAGCAGAAGCGAUGGGCAGUGUGCGAACCAACCGCUACAGCAUCGUCUCUUCGGAAGAGGACGGCAUGAAGCUGGCCACCAUGGCGGUUGCCAAUGGCUUUGGGAACGGGAAGAGCAAAGUCCACACCCGGCAACAGUGCAGGAGCCGCUUUGUGAAGAAGGAUGGCCACUGCAAUGUCCAGUUCAUCAACGUGGGUGAGAAGGGACAACGGUACCUSGCGGACAUCUUCACCACGUGUGUGGACAUUCGCUGGCGGUGGAUGCUGGUUAUCUUCUGCCUGGCUUUUGUCCUCUCGUGGCUGUUUUUCGGCUGCGUGUUUUGGUUGAUUGCCCUGCUCCACGGGGACCUGGAUGCAUCCAAGGAGAGCAAAGCUUGCGUGUCUGAGGUCAACAGCUUCACGGCCGCCUUCCUUUUCUCCAUCGAGACCCAGACCACCAUAGGCUACGGCUUCAGGUGUGUCACGGAUGAGUGCCCCAUCGCCGUCUUCAUGGUGGUCUUCCAGUCCAUCGUGGGCUGCAUCAUUGACGCCUUCAUCAUCGGCGCGGUCAUGGCCAAGAUGGCCAAGCCCAAGAAGAGAAACGAGACCCUGGUCUUCAGUCACAACGCCGUGAUCGCCAUGAGAGACGGCAAGCUGUGCUUGAUGUGGCGAGUGGGCAACCUUCGCAAAAGCCACUUGGUGGAAGCGCACGUGCGGGCGCAGCUCCUCAAAUCCAGAAUUACUUCCGAAGGGGAGUACAUCCCCCUGGAUCAGAUAGACAUCAAUGUGGGGUUUGACAGUGGGAUCGACCGUAUAUUUCUAGUGUCCCCAAUCACUAUCGUCCAUGAAAUCGACGAAGACAGUCCUUUAUAUGAUCUGAGUAAGCAGGACAUUGAUAACGCAGACUUUGAAAUUGUCGUCAUACUGGAAGGCAUGGUAGAGGCCACUGCCAUGACCACGCAGUGCCGAAGCUCCUACCUGGMCAAUGAGAUCCUCUGGGGCCACCGCUACGAGCCGGUCCUCUUUGAGGAGAAGCACUACUACAAGGUGGACUAUUCCAGGUUCCACAAGACUUACGAAGUCCCCAACACUCCCCUUUGUAGUGCCAGAGACUUAGCCGAGAAGAAAUAUAUCCUCUCAAAUGCUAAUUCAUUUUGCUAUGAAAAUGAAGUCGCCCUCACGAGCAAAGAGGAAGAAGACAGUGAAAACGGAGUCCCCGAAAGCACUAGUACAGACACCCCCCCAGACAUAGACCUCCACAACCAGGCCAGCGUACCUCUAGAGCCCAGGCCCUUAMGGCGGGAAUCCGAGAUAUGACUGACUGAUUCCUGCUCUGGAAUACUUACUUUACUCCACAGUCUGUUGGUCAGAGGCCUGAAACAGUUAACAGACGACGGUACUGGUCAAGAGGUGGGUCAAGGCAAGUGGCCACCAGGGACUGAGGCUAGCACAAUGGUUUCCAAGAAAGACUGUAAGCUCCAUGAUUGAUGCAAAGCACUAACCAGGCCUUUGCGUGACCCGAUGGCACAUACGUGUUGUAGACUAAGUUGCGGGCUUUUAUGUGUUGUUUUGUGUUUUUACAAAACUUGAAUUUGCAGGCAAGCCUUGGUUGGGUAUCUGACUUAUCCAGAAUGCUUCUUUUAGGGAACAAGAGUGUUUUUAAUGGCAUAACAAAGGCAAGACUCUGCCUUAAUUUUUUUUUUUGAAAAGCUGCUAACUACAUGAACACAAAUCGUAUUUUUGUUGCAGUGUAGUUUUUCUUUUAUGUGAUUUAAAAGUCAGUGUUGAACUUUGUUGAAAGCUCAUGAUGCGCUUCAAAGUGGCAAGUAUUUGGCUAUUAACUGCCAAAACUGAGAGCCUGAUUUUUUGGAGGCCAGUAAUCUGUUUCCUAGAACUGAUCUCUCUCUCUCUUUUCUUUCUCUCUCUCUUUCUUCUCUCUCUCUCUCUCUCUCUCUCUCUCUCUCUCUCUCUCUCUCUCGUUACAUAAGGGCAUUAUGUAACACUAGCCAAAUGGUAGCCUCUGGGUUUUUUUUUUCCUUUCUCCUGAUGUCAAUGGGUUAUCUAAAAUUUUAAGUUAGACUACCUAAAAUAAAUACCAAAGAUAAUGCACAUUUUUGCACAGUGGAGCUUAUAYUAAAAAGGAAACAAAGCCCCAUGGGUUGCCUUGAAAUCAAGARACAAUAACUUUGAACCUCAGCAAGACCUCAAACCGCCUGUUCAUUUUGCACCUUAUUCACAAAACAGCAUCAAACACGGAGUCUAGUAAGUGUAGUGCUUUUUAAAUUUUGUUCUGUCAUGUACCCUUCCUGUUGGAAGURGAAGAGGAAGAACAAAGGGGAAGUACAGUCCACAUACACAUGCAUACACACAAAGAACAUCAACAUCUUUUCUAUCCUGCUGGGUAAUGCUGGCCAGACUAAUGCAUCAAGUGAGAGAGAUGGUGACAUGCUCUUAGAUUUUUCUGGACUUCCCCUUUUUGCACAUUCCAAAAUUUAUUCCAUAAGAUGAGAUCUUGAUUGAACUUGGCACAUAUCCUGGCACCCUCCAUGCAGC